UCCACGCAACUAAUCGAUUGAUGUCGUGAAAGUGUUCUUUUGUGGGUGCGUGCAACGAUUGCGGUAGAUGUGUGUUUGGUUUUGUGUGUUCAUGUUUCCCCAGCGCAAUUUUCCAGCUCCCGUAACACAGUAGUUUGUAGCAUUGCAAAUGCUUUUGUGUUGAAUGUGCUCAUAAUACUCCCAGUCGCUGCCUUACCGAAUUUUCCAUCAUCCGUACUAAUUUGACCAACGCGACAAUUGGCUGCGAUGGCGUCACCUUUCCGUUAUACGCACGCAAUAACUGCUCGCAUCCCGCUGUCGUUGCGGACACGUGGUGAAAUCGAUCUAGAAGAGGCCAAAUUGCAGCACGAGAGUUAUGUGAAAAUGCUACGAGACCUGGGACUAGACGUGAUAGAAUUACCACCGGAUGAAAGCUUACCCGAAUGUCCGUUCGUAGAAGACUGCGCCGUAGUCUGUAAUGGAAUAGCGCUAAUCUGUCGCCCUGGCGAUCCCAAUCGGGUGCAGGAAGUCGAAGCAGUACGAGCAGUUCUGAAAAAGGAGCUGGAUCUUCCGUUGGCUGAGAUAGCCGACCCAAACGCCAAACUAGACGGUGGCGAUGUCCUGUUUACAGGGCGAGAAUUUUUCGUAGGGCUCAGUAAGUGGACAAAUGAAGCCGGUGCACGAGCCGUUGCAGCUGCCUUUCCGGAGUAUCCUUGUGUGCCGAUUAAGGUUACUGAACAUCACCAUUUGAAGUACUACGUGUCCAUGGGGGGAACCGAUGUUUUAUGUGUGAGCCGCAGCAAGGAAUCGCAGGAGAUACUAAAGCGCAUCGAACGGGAAGCUACCUACACUUACCAUACGCUUACGCUUACGGAAGAAACGGCGGCCAACGUGCUGUACGUUAAUGGGACGCUGGUUACGAGGUCCACUGAAGAAAUUCCAGUCUCGGCCCAGAUUUUGGCUCAAAAAAUUGACGCUCCACGCCAGAUGUUGUACCUAUCCGAGUUAGGCAAGUUUUCUAACGGUCUAACGGCCUGCAGCAUUCUGGUGAAACGGUCCAAGCACAUCAAAAGUCUCUAGAAAGUGAGUUCCCGAAAGGUCGACUGCCCCUGGUUGCGAUAAACGGUAUCUUCUGUACGGUCCCCUCGUGUGUUUUUAAACCACAAAGUGCUCGAUCUCUAUCCAUUAGAUGCCUCAGGUUUUGUGUUAACUUUGCUAAUCUCGUCACGAGUUUUUCGACUCUCUAUUGAGCUAUUUAUUUAACUCAGUUAUUUAAUCUCAUGCUCCAUUAUCCCUUAUUACAUGUCCUUUUACUGUUGUUGAUACUGUGCCCUUUAACCAGAGUUGGUUGUGACAAAGAAUCAUCGAUAUAUAAAAAAAGGAGUAGCUAUUCCACUUCCUUGGAGCGCUUCCAGAGUGUAGCUAAAGAGACAAGAUUUGAUUUACGUUCCGAAUCGUUAUCAUCUGAACUAGUCAUCUGCAUUUACAAGGGCUAUUCGCUUUCGUCACACAAUGCGUUCAGAAUAUCGAAUCAGAUGUUUUGUCAUGCAACAAAAGCAGUAUCGUACGCAACGGAAAUUUUAAUCUAUCAGAGCCAAUAUAUCCUUUCGCAGCUUGUGUUUUAACAAUUUGACUCUAUAAUGUAUACAUUUUUAACCUAACCAAACUUGAGUACAUUUUUCCAACAAGAUCUGCAAACAAAUCUAAAACUGAUAAGCAAGAAUCUCGAACACUCAAAAUUAUAUUAUAAGUAAUGAUAGCAAAAGUAACAUCGUAUUUUCGAGUGACUCUCCGCGCAAAUACAAAGAAUGAUUGCAUUAUUUACAACCUUGCAUCUAUGCCCCAUAGUUAGAGUCAAAGUACAAUUAAUGCAUUUUGCAAUUGCGAAGAAAACGCAGCAUUGUUCUACUUCCCUCGUAUUACUGCCAGGAUCGAUAGAAAAGGAAGUAGCAUAAACCAACUUCUCGUCUAUUACAGUACGCUACUGCAUACUUAUUGCGAUCCAGCAGCGAAUGUGAAUGAAUAAAAAUUUAAA